CUUCCUGCCCCAUCCCGGGCCUUUCCAGGUCUCCUCUCCCGGUGAACCGGAUGCUCCGUCAGUUUCCUCCUUCGCUUGCUCAGCUGCCGCCCGGCUCCCUGGCGAGGCCGCAGGCACCCACGAGGGCACGGGCGGGGGGCUUCUGGCGGCUGGUCUGGCAGGUGUAGGGCGCCGGUAGGAGCUGGGCGCGCACGGUUACCGAGCGUGGAGGAGACACUGCCCUGCGGCAAUGGGUGCCAGGGGCGCUCCUUCACGCCGGAGGCAGGCGGGGCGGCGGCCGCGGUAUCUGCCCACCGGGAGCUUUCCCUUUCUCCUCCUCCUGCUGCUUCUCUGCAUCCAGCUCGGAGGAGGACAGAAGAAAAAGGAGAAUCUCUUAACCGAAAAAGUAGAACAGCUGAUGGAAUGGAGUUCUAGGCGCUCAAUCUUCCGAAUGAAUGGUGACAAAUUCCGAAAGUUUAUCAAGACACCACCUCGAAACUAUUCUAUGAUUGUUAUGUUCACUGCUCUUCAACCUCAGCGGCAGUGUUCUGUGUGCAGGCAAGCUAAUGAAGAAUAUCAAAUACUGGCUAACUCCUGGCGCUAUUCAUCUGCUUUUUGCAACAAACUCUUCUUCAGUAUGGUGGACUAUGAUGAGGGAACAGACGUUUUUCAGCAGCUCAACAUGAACUCUGCUCCUACAUUCAUGCAUUUUCCUCCAAAAGGCAGACCCAAGAGAGCUGAUACUUUUGACCUUCAAAGAAUUGGAUUUGCAGCUGAACAACUCGCAAAGUGGAUUGCUGACAGAACGGAUGUUCAUAUUCGAGUCUUCAGACCACCCAACUACUCUGGCACCAUUGCUUUGGCCUUGUUGGUGUCACUUGUUGGUGGUUUGCUCUAUUUGAGAAGGAACAACUUGGAGUUCAUCUAUAACAAGACUGGUUGGGCCAUGGUAUCUUUGUGUAUAGUCUUUGCUAUGACUUCUGGCCAGAUGUGGAAUCAUAUCCGUGGACCUCCAUAUGCUCAUAAAAACCCACACAAUGGACAAGUGAGCUACAUUCAUGGAAGCAGCCAGGCUCAAUUCGUGGCAGAGUCACACAUUAUUCUGGUACUAAACGCUGCUAUCACCAUGGGGAUGGUUCUUCUAAAUGAAGCGGCAACAUCCAAAGGAGAUGUUGGAAAAAGACGAAUCAUUUGUCUAGUGGGAUUAGGCCUGGUGGUCUUCUUCUUCAGUUUUCUACUUUCAAUAUUUCGUUCCAAGUACCAUGGCUAUCCUUACAGGGAGUCCUAAUUGCUGACCCCAUCCUCCUUUCUAAGGAACAAGUAAAAGUCCUGUAUUUCCUUUCUCAGAGAUUUUGGAAACUCUUUCUGCUGAGAAAAUAGAACUAGUGGUAUGUUGAUAGAAAAUAAAAUCUCAUACCUUACAUUCUUUACACAUAUGAAAUGAGCAAUUAUUUUAAAAGAAAGUUUCUAUAUUGUGCAGCAACACGUAGUCUUACAUGGGACACACAAGUACUCUCAUGACAAAGAGACCUGAUUAUGAUUGAUCAUGGAAGAGUCAGACUCCUUGUCCCCAGCUCUUUAUUUUGACGUAUGAACAGAGGUCCAUUUGCAUUCUCUUCUUCCCAAACUCAAAAGUAAAUAUACUACUAAAGAAAUGGAAGAAAUGUGAGAAAUGUAUCAGAUCUGAGCAUUAAAGGGACCAUCUGCCUUUAAUCCAGCCUGCAGUGCAAGUGAAUUUUUAAAAAACAUUAGUUCUGAGGGAAAAAGAGUAGUAAAACAGACAAGUCAAGUCUCACAGUUUUUCUGUUUUAUUCUUGAUAUCGGCCAGCUAAUUUUGGUUUAGAAACUAUAAAAUCAGACUAACCAAAUCUAAGAUUCAAUGUACCCAAGAAAAAUGAAGUUUAUAUUUUUCUUUUUCCCCCCUAUCCUGAUAAUGAGAAUCUCAGUGCAGAUGCUUAGAGUCUUAAUUUGGCUUGCAUGUGUUCUAUUAAUGGAAUCUGUAAAAUAGUUUUUAUUCAGGCUGCCAAACACACUUAAAAAUUAAUUCAUUUCACUCUACAGCAUUUACAAUGUCAAGGAAGGUAUCUAUUUCUAUAAAAGAGGAAGGGACGUUGUGAGGUUCUUAAGACUUACUUAGUUGACAGUCAGAAAAUGGGGAAAGGUUAAGAGCAAAUUCCAUCUUUCCCUGUAUAUCAAAGCCCCUAAUCAAACAAGAAUAUCAUUCCCUAUCUAUACUGUUCUGACAGAAUGAUUAGAAAAAGUUUAGUUUUUACUCAUUCCAUAGAACAGUGUUACAGUUGACAGCACUAUUUUUAUGACAUCAAGAGUUUUAAGUUUGUACUGUUUUCCCAAGGAGUAGUUGUCAUUUAGUAGGUACAACUCUAGUCCUCUGGUUCUUAACCAGGAGUGGACAUGUAAAUCACUGGCAAACUUUUCAAAUAUGUGUUCUAGGCCUCCCCCUAGAUAUUCAUAGUAAGCAUUCUGAACCAGAGUCUGUGCUUAUUUUCUUUAUCAGCACCAACCAUUCUUACUAUGUAACCAGUCCACUCCCUUGUCAAGGCCCCACCAGGCGAAAGAAACAGUGAGUCUGCUGGCCUCAUGGGUUCGAAAUGAAGAUGAAAUCUCUUGUAAGAAAUCGAAUGGAAAUCACACCUGGGAGUGGUUUAUAAAUAUGAAAUUUGACAUAGUUCAGACAAAAACCUGUAAGAAGGAGCUGCCAAGAAACAGAAUCAGAACAGAGCAUAGCAAAAAAAAAACCUGCAGAAACUAGAUAUGUUAGAAAAAGCACAACAUGCCAUUACAGAAAAGUGAGGGCAGGAUCCUUGCUGUGGCCUCUUGCAAACUCCGUCAUUUGCUGUGCUGUUGCAGGCCUUAGCAACCCAGCUCUUCCACUGCCCAAUUUAAGUGAUUCUUUUAAUCAUCUCUUCCUCUAUCACUUUUAAAGCUUUCUCGUAAUUCUCUUGAGCCCAUGAGAACUUUUAUUUGUAUCUGCUUUUCUGCAUUUUCUUUUCCAUGGAUAUAGUGGUGCCUUAUUCAUCAGUUUCCAUAGAUCCUUCUAGCACUUCUAGGUCAUACCUCCAACCAUUCCCAAUCAAAUUCUCUUGCUUUAUCAGGUUGAUAAAGGAUAUGUGUUCCCUCCAUUGAAUUUUCAUCAUCCCUCUGAGCUAACAAAAUGUGGUAUUAUAGGGGAACAUUAUGAACAAAAAAAAAAAAAAAUACCAACUUUGCCUUUGAAAAUUUUUAUUCUCAUUUCAGUCCAAUAUGUGGAUAUAUGUCACAGUUACAUUAGUGAUCAUAGACGCUGUUUUGGGGUUUGUUUUUAAUCCAUUGCAUCAUUUUCCUUCAGAAUAAGGGUUGUUUCUCAGAAAUUUUUACCAGUUCUUUUAUAAAUGACUAUGUUAGUAAGUAGAUGAUUAACAUCAAGAGCAACUGUUUCAAAAAAAAAAAAAAAAAGAGAGUAUAUACCAGAGUUUUAGAUAAAGCCUGAGAUAAGUUCUAAAAACCUGGCAGUAUAAUUAAAAAAAAAAAAAAAGUUUCCAACUAAUUCACUGAACAAAAAAAAAAAAAACAAACAAACAAACAAAAAAAACGUGGUGAGAAAAGCCCAAGUGAGAGAGGGAAAAAUGAAAGAAAGAAUGAGAGAAAUAACUUUAGAAGAGUUGAAAAAUGAGAUUUAAUAAAUAGAGACCUUUUCCCACUGAUAAUCCCAUAGGAGAGGCUUGGUCCGUUAUGAACAUUGUACACCUUCUGAAGGAACACUUUGCAUUCCCAGAAACAAGUAUCAGUGGCAGCAGCAUAAUAGUAUUUGAAGAAAAAAACCUAAACAAACAUUGUUUAUAGUGGAUAAAGAUAGUUUGUAGGAUAUAAGAUACUAGACACCAUCAUGACAAUGAGAGGAAAAGUAUUCUGUAUUCCAGAAGGUAUGUCCUGGCCUGAGUACUGAGAAGACACCGUGGCUGUCCAUCUUUAAAGAGAGUCCCUACUGUAAUGGAUCAUAAACCCUGGUGACCGAACUAAAUCAAGUCAAUCACUUAUGCCAGGCAUACAUGAAGUCAGCCUACAAAAAACAAAAAGAAAAAACAAAAACAAAGCAAAAAUACUUUCUCAACCAAGACCAUAUCCUUGACUUUGAGAUGAGCUGCCAGAAUAUGCAAUUUUCUUUUAAAAAGAAUGGAAAAACUCCCCAAUUCUACCUACUUUAUGUAGUACCUGUGCUUUGGUUAAGACCUGACAUACCCCUUAGUGAAAAUGCACAUUUGAACAUAACACCAUUUACUAAUUGAAAAAUGCCUUUAGCCAGGGGCUUUAGCUCCAAUGCCAAAGUACUGUCUUGGGCAUCUUGGCCUUUUGUGGCCUUCAAUGUCUCUUUAAAGUUUCCUGAAUUAUAAGUUUUGAACCAAGAAAUAUUAUUUAUACAUAGAACUAUGUCCAGAAUUAUUUUUCAAUUAUUUCCUCACAAUUUUGCUUUCUUUCUAAUCUCCAAUUUUAUUUCUUCUAUAUGGAAUGAGUUUUGAUUUUUCAUUUUUAUUUUAAUCUUAAGCCUCAUAAAAUAUUAAAUAUUUCUGGGCUUCUUACUUGCUCAGUACUUCACACUGCUAUUUUUUGGUUGUUGAUCUGUGUACUUGCUGAAAGGAAUAAAUGUCUGUGUUACAUGUUUAUGCUAUUUCUUUAACUCUCUCCUUAUUUCUUAGUAGUAGUUUAAGGGUUGUUUUUUUUUUUCCUACACUAUCAACAUGUUUCAUGCCAUGCUAAAUUCUCCCAUAUCAUUUUUUAAGUUUCAGUAAGCAGAUUUCCCUGAUAUACUUGUUACUAGCUCUGUGACUUUGGGAAAGUUAAAACUUUUCUAAACCUUGGUUUUCUCAUUUGUAAAUGGGAAAUAUUUACAUACUUCGACAUUUGUAGAGAUUACAUGAUAUAAAUCACUUAGCACCUUGCCUAGUACUUAGUAAGUGGCACAUAGUAUUGCUCAAAUAUUUGAUGCUAAUUAUCAUCAAUCCUGAUAUAUUAUUUUAAAUUUUAAUGUAUGUAGUGACGUUUAUUUUAUUAUAAUGAUUUUUAUUUUUUCCAUCAUAGCUGGUUUACAGUGUUCUGUCAUCUUUCUACUGUAUUUUAAUUUUUUCUAAGCAGGAUUUUUUAAUGCUGAAGAUUAAUAACUUUUUUAUGUUUACAUGAUUCAGUCGGGAAGGAACAGAUUUUUCCCUGAAUCUGUUGAUGAACUUAAUUUUAAGGGAUUCAAGAGUCCAAUUAUCAGUGAAAUAUCAGGACUAUCAGAAUUUGAUCUAAUUGCCAUCUAAGCUGUAGUUCGUAAGAAGAAAUUUUAUUCCAUUGGUACCUCUGAAUUUAUUUUAUGUAUUAAAGAUUCAUUUUAGGGCAUGUUCCAUUUUCUAAGAAGAGCAAAGUGCUACUGGUCAUGCAUGAGAGUCUUUCCUUAUGCGUAAUUACUUUCCCACUGUUUCCCAUUGACACACUUUGACUCAAAAUUUUUUCAAAAAAUUUCUGUAAAAAUAUUUCACUCUUCAGUCUCUACUUUAGGAGGAAGAUAGCCUUAAGUAUUCUCUACUAAUUCUAUCACUUUGCUUUCUGUUUACAACCCUUUAGUUGUCUUAGAAAGGUAGAGCGGUAUAAUGGAAAAAUAUUUAGAAUCACGAGACCUGAGUUCAAAUCCAAUGUAUCAUUUUUGUGUUAAGAACUCUGGCUCUGUAGUCACAUGGAUCCAAGUUUGGGUCUCCCACCCUCUCUUCACUAACUUUGGACAUGGAGUUAUUUAACUUCUGAGUCUCAUUUUUCCUCAACCCUAAAGAGUGUUUUUUAUGAACAUGGGUAACUAAAUUUUAUUAAGCCUGUCUCUUCAUCUGUAAAUUUGAUACAAUUAAUACCUAGCUCAGAAUGUUGGAGGGCAUAAGUUAUAUAAUCAAUUCGCUGUGCCCAAAUGUAGUGGAUUCUCAAUUAGGAAAAAAAAAAGUAAUUACCUGCUUCCAGUACUGGCCACUUUAGCACUUGGCUAUUCAGUAGCACCUUACAACAUUACAUUUUUCAUUAAGUAUUCAUAUGUAACUUUUAUGUUUUAAAAUUCCUUUCGUCCUAGAAUAUCAUAAGGUAUUUUAGAGGAAGUCCUUGAAAAUACCUUUUUUAUAUCUCCAAAGUGCUGUGCACAUGGUAGGUGCUUAUCAUAUAUUUUUAAUUGAAUAUAUUUACUCAAAAACACUUUUUAUUUAUUCCUUAUUUAAAAGCAACAGGAACAAUUAAGAUUAAAACAUAGUGGAGAGAAGAAUAUUGGUUUGCCACAUGGCACAACUCCAGAAGAUGGAAUUCACAUCACCUGACACCCUAUGGAGUUGUUGGGUUGUUCCACACCUUAAAGGGUUGUGUGGUAUGUGGAAAUAUUAUUCCAGAAACCUGAGCUCUAAAGAUACUUAAUUACAACCUCAAAUUAAUCCUGAGUUGGCUGGCAUAAAAAAAAUAUAUAUAUAUAUAUAUAUAUAUAUAUAUAUUAUAUGUGUGUGUGUAUAUAUAUAUAUAUAUGUAUAUUAAGCUUACAAUGGACAUAGAAACUAUCCUCCAUUGUCUUAAAAAAAUACUUGUAAUUCAUGACAUCUUGAUAGAUGAUUAAAAAAAUGGAUUGAUGGGAAAGUAUAGAAUAAUCACUAGAUGUGAAAAGACACUCCUAACGAAUUUUGAGAAAAGUAUGCUAGUGAACAAGCAAAGCAAGGCAAAAAAAAAAAAAAA